UAAAUUUUUUAAUUUUUAUAUUAUUCCGAAGAAAAUAAGCGAAAUAAAGUUGUGCCAGAGCAAGUAGUAUCUUAUAUUUUUAUAAUAAAUAUGUUUUAAACGUGUAAAUAGUCAUACAAAUAAAUUUAAUAAAUGUUUUUAAUAAUUACAUAUCCUAACCUAUAAAUGACCAAUCAAAUAGAGAAAAUUGUAAAUAAAUAUCUAUUUAGUUUGUUUAAAACUAACUUAAAUGGCCGAUAAUGGUACUGGGGCAUCCAGUUCGCUAAAUUCGACACUCAUAAAGCCUACAAAUCUAGAAUGUAAAAACUUGUAUGAUUAUUUAAAAACAAGAACGCAUAACGUAUUAGAAAAGCUUUAUAAUCAUCCUACGAUAUGUUUAGCAGUAUACAGGGAAUUACCUGAAUUGGCCAGACAAUAUGUGAUACGCAUACUAUUUGUGGAACAACCUGUCCCCCAGGCCAUGGUGGCGUCAUGGGGGUCCCAGGCAUUUUCCAAAGAGCAUGUUUAUGUUAGUAAAGUAUUAAGUGAGCUUUGUGUUUGGCAAGAAGCAAACAUACCAGGAGGCUUAUUAGGAUGGAUCUUAUUACCUACAUUUAAACGGAAUCUCAAAGUAGCUUUAUUAGGGGGAGGUAAGCCUUGGAGCAUGUCUUCAGCUUUAGAAGCCGACAGCAAGGCUAGGGAUGUUUCUUUUCUCGAUGCCUACUCUCUAGAAAGAUGGGAAUGUGUGUUACAUUACAUGGUUGGAUCUCAGCAGCAAGAAGGCAUAUCAGCUGAUGCUGUACGGAUACUUUUACAUGCAGGAUUAAUGAGAAGGGAUGAGGAAGAUGGUAGCCCUGUGAUAACCAGACAAGGUUUUCAGUUCCUUUUACUUGAUAGGCAUGCUCAAGUUUGGCACUUCAUUCUACAGUACCUCGACACUGUUGAACAAAGGGGUUUAGAUUUAGUGGAAUGUCUAACAUUUUUAUUUCAAUUAAGUUUUAGUACACUUGGAAAGGAUUACAGUACUGAAGGAAUGAGUUCUGGUUUGUUAAUUUUCUUGCAGCAUUUGAGGGAGUUUGGGUUGGUCUAUCAAAGAAAAAGAAAGGCUGGCCGAUUUUACCCCACGAGAUUAGCGCUGAACAUUACAAGUAGUCAAAAUAAGGGUGGCAUUACUGCUGAUGAAGACACUCACAAAGGCUAUGUAGUUGUAGAAACUAAUUACAGAGUAUACGCUUACACAGAUUCGAAUUUACAAGUGGCCUUGAUCGGGCUUUUUACCGAAUUAAUGUAUAGGUUUCCAAAUUUGGUGGUGGGGGUGAUAACACGUGAUUCGAUAAGGCAGGCCCUUCGAGGUGGUAUCACUGCCGAUCAAAUAAUAGGCUACCUCAGACAGCACGCUCACUCACAAAUGAUACAACAAGAGACCAAAAACCCCCUCCCUCCCACAGUUGUAGACCAAAUCAAACUCUGGGAGCUGGAACGCAACAGGCUUACCUACAACGAGGGCGUUCUCUACAGUCAAUUUUUAUCUCAGGCAGAUUUUAACGUAUUAAAGGAGUACGCGCAAUCUAGCGGCCAUUUAAUUUGGUGCAACAAAGAAAAAAGAACGCUAGUUAUAAACAAAUCGGCGCACGAUGACGUAAAAAAGUUUUGGAAAAGGUAUUCUAAAGGAAAUUAGAACUGAAAUCUCCUAGCUUUAGGUAUCUUUAAUAAAUUUAUAUUUGUCAUGAUUUAUGAAUAAAU